AGAAGACGAAGCAGAAGAAGACAGGCUAGCACAGAUGUCCGACUGCUGGCGGCUAGUGGGUUUAUCUAUUUAAGAUUUAUUGGCCAAAUCAUGGUGUUUUCCUGACAUACCAACUUGACAAAGCAGCUACACGUCAAUUAGUAUAAGAAACUGUCGGAUAAAUGGCAACAAGCUGCUGUAUUAGCUAGAGCGGACUACGAACGAUGGUAGCAAGCUAGCUUCUGCUGCUACACUGUGUUUGUUCACUGCAGUCAUGAGUGAAGAGGACAAUUCAGCAUCAACAAACAAAGACAAAGACUCCACACUCCUGCUCACUAAAGACGGACAAAGGUACUACGUGAGUAAGAGCGGGGUUGUGGACAGCAGAAAUGUGAUAACGCCACACGAACCGGAAAACAACGUCUCCUCCUACGACAUGGAUGAUCCGGAUGAGGAGAGCGACGUUCUGGACACUUCGGAUCCCAGAGACAGCGCUGCCAGCCCGGAGGAACUAAACGAUGAGGAGACUUCGGAGGGGGACAACGCUCCUAAACAGUGCACGUAUGAAGGAUGCACGGAGACCACAACGCAGGUGGCAAAGCAGAGGAAACCGUGGAUGUGCAAAAAACACCGCAACAAGAUGUACAAAGACAAGUACAAGAAGAAGAAGAGUGAUCAAGCCAUGUCCAGUGGAAAACUUGAUCCGGAAAACCCAGAAGAUCGUCCUGUGUCUGUGAACAAACAGCGUCUGGGUGCCAUGGGGGACCGACCAGCCAGACCGUCUCUGAUAGAGCAGGUCCUCAACCAGAAGAGACUGGUAAGUUAUUUUUGUCAUAAGUAAGUCAAGUCAACCCCU